UUGUUCGUUUGGUGAACCCUUUUAAUCACCCAUCUUCUGGUCGUAUUGAGGUGCAACACAGUGGCACAUGGGGAACCAUUUGUGGCCACUCAUGGGACUUGAGGGAAGCUGAAGUAAUUUGCCGCCAGCUUGGAUUCGAUGGCGCUUUAAAAGCGUUAACACGGGCAUGGACUUCAUUUGGAAAAGGAGUAGGCCAGAUAUGGUUGGAUGAUUUGCAAUGCCGAGGAAAUGAGACAUCAAUAUCAGAAUGCUCUCACUUAGGAUGGGGAGUUCACGACUGUAAUCACUAUGAUGACGUUGGCGUCGUUUGUCGACCUGCAGUGCGUUUGGUGAGUCCCACCAGGUCACCAUCUUCUGGUCGAGUUGAAGUGUUUUACAAUGGAACAUGGGGAACCAUUUGUGACAACUCGUGGGACUUAAAGGACGCUGAUGUAGUUUGUCGUCAACUUGGAUUCGAAGGAGCUUUAUCAGUGUCUGAUGCUGCGGCAUUUGGACAAGGAACUGGCCAGAUAUGGCUGGAUGGCAUUAGAUGUGUAGGAGAUGAGACAUCAAUAUCAGAAUGCAGCCACGGCGGAUGGGGAGUUAACAACUGUGGACAUAGAGAAGACGCUGGUGUGGUGUGCCGAAACGCAGCUGUUCGUCUGGUUAAUUCCUUCAAUUCGUCACAUUCCGGUCGGGUUGAAGUACUGUAUAAAGGUGUAUGGGGAACCAUUUGUGGCUACUCAUGGGACUUAAAAGACGCUGAUGUAGUUUGUCGCCAGCUUGGAUACGAAGGAGCUUUAGCAGCACUUCGUAACUCAGCAUUUGGACAUGGAAGUGGCCAGAUAUGGCUGGGUGACGUGCAGUGUAUAGGGGAUGAGACUUCAAUAUUACAAUGCAGUCAAAUAGGAUGGGGAGUUCACAGCGGUUAUUGUAGGGGCAGUGAUGAUGCCAGUGUAGUUUGCCGACCCUCAGUUCGUUUGGUGAGCCCCACAAAUUCACCAACAUCUGGUCGUGUUGAACUGCUGUUCAAUGGUACCUGGGGAACCAUUUGCGACACCUCGUGGAACUUAAAAGACGCUGAUAUAGUUUGUCAUCAGCUUGGAUAUGAUGGAGCUUUAUCAGCACCUGGUAAUGCAACAUUUGGACAAGGAGCUGGUCAGAUAUGGCUGGAUGACGUUAAAUGUGUAGGAAAUGAGACAUCAAUAUCACACUGUAAUCACAGAGGAUGGGGAGUUCACAACUGUGGGCACCGUGAAGACGCUGGUGUGGUUUGCCGACCCACAGCUGUCCGUUUAGUGGAUUCCAACAAUUCGCCAAGCUCUGGUCGUGUUGAAGUGCGGUACAAAGGUGUAUGGGGAACCAUCUGUGACCAUUCAUGGGACUUAAAGGACGCUGAUGUAGUUUGUCGCCAGCUUGGAUAUGAAGGAGCCUUAGCAGCACCUCAUAACUCAGCAUUUGGGCAAGGAACAGGCCAGAUAUGGUUGGCCAAUGUGGAUUGUGGGGGGAGCGAGACAUCAAUAUCACAAUGCAAUCAUGGAGGGUGGGAAAUUCACAGCUGUUAUCACAGUUCAGAUGCUGGUGUAAUUUAUGACUGA